AUUGUUGGACGCAAAUUAUGGGUCAACAUACCAAGAUACAAUGAAGAGAUGAAUGAAAAAGGGGAGAAAAGAAACAAGCAAGUACUGGAGACAAGAACACAGUAUAGAAGCUAUGCAGAAGUGGUGAGUGACCAGGGAAAAAACAGAGUGUAUGAAGAGAGGAAGUUUCAGAGCAACGAAGAUCAAAGUAGGGGAAGAGGAAGAAGUAGAAGCAGAUCAAGACCAAGAAACCGCUCAAAAGGGAAUAGAAAAAUAUGGCAACAGAUAGGAAAGAGGGAGGAUUGGUCAGGAAUAGAGUACAAGGAAAAAUUCUACAUGGAGGGGUACUUUUCAUGUCGGAUUCGAGCAAUGGGCGGUAAAUUGGUUCUCUUAGAUUGUGAAGACAAGGAAGAACUGAAAGACCUGGUGGAGUUGGAAGCAAAUUGGCUCGAACAAUGGUUUGAGGAAGUGCGACCUUGGACACCAGAUAUGGUGAGCAAGGAGAGGUUUGUCUGGAUGAGAUGUCAAGAGGUUCCAUUAAAUGCCUGGGAACCAGAUUUCUUUGCUGCUAUGGGCUGUGCAUGGGGAAAUUUUAUAUGUUUGGAUGAUAGCACAAGUAAAAGAAAGAGGUUUGAUAUAGCUAGGUUCUUGAUAUCCACUCCCAUCAUGAAUACAAUAUCAGUGAUGCGGCAAGUUAAAGUUAACGGGAUCAUUUACAACAUCAAAUUUACAAAAGAAGAGUUCACCAACAACUUCUUCUCACUGAAACAAGAUUUUAUGCCUACGUUCCAAAGUGAAUCAGAGGAGCAUGAAUCAUUGUCCAUGGAUAGUGACAUAAAGGAACAAGAGUUCAAAAAUCCAGGGGAUGUUGGAAAGGUUGAGAUGAGGUCUCCGGUGACAGAGGUUGAAGAUGAUGACGUGGCAAGCUUCACACAAGAGACAAAGAAGAGGCUUAGGUCACAAGCUGAGGAAAAGGAAGAAAAAUCCGUUGAAGUUGUAGUAAGCAGAUCGGGGAACACAAAAUCAAAUGCAAAUGAGGAAGAUUAUAGAAACAGAGGGAGUGCAAGCGAAAAUGACGAGAGAGAAGAGGAAGACCCAUUCUGGAAAGGGUUCGAAAGUGAAGAGGGGAGGUUAAAAGAAUGGAUGGGUAGGAAGAAUGAGGGGAUCCCGAAGAAGAAAAAUAGGAGAAUCAGAUCUUGUAAGGCGGUGUAUUUAUCAGCAAGAGCAAUAGGUGAAGACGCACAAAGAAGAAAGGGGCGAGGAAAAAAGAGAAAGCAAAAAACAAGAGGAAAGACAACAUUAGAAGACACACUUUGUUCUAAUGAGGAAGUUGCUAGUGGGUCAGUGGGUGACGGUGGAAUACAUAAUUGCAAUAGAAUAUGGAAGGGGCAAGUGCGACAGCAUAUAGCUCAGGAAAUAUGGGAUUUCGCCAAGCAGUUAGGUGUGGUAGCGGAGAAUGAAGAGCAGCAAUGGGGGUUGAGAAGAACAGUGUCAGAUCACUACCCCAUCAUUUUAAAGAAUGAGAUGGUUGAUUGGGGCCCUAAACCCUUCAAAUUUUUUGAUGCAUGGUUAGAACAACCGAGAUGCAAAGAGGUCAUUAAAAAGGCAUGGAAUUCCAGUGACGAAGAAGGUUGGAAAGGCUAUAGGUUCAAGGAGAAAUUGAAGAGAACCAAGAAUGCCUUAAAGGAGUGGAAUGGCAAUUCUACAACAAAAGUGGAUAGUAAAAUUAAUGAGGCUGAGAAGGAGAUUGCAUUACUCGAUAACAAAGAUGAAAUUAAGGAGGCUGUUUGGGACUAUGAUUCUUCAAAAUCUCCAGGUCCAGAUGGAUUUAAUUUCAGAUUUGUCAAGGCCAUGUGGGAAGACAUAAAAGCAGAUGUUGUGGGCUUUGUACAGGAGUUUCAUAGAAAUGGCAAACUUGUCUACGGGUCAAAUGCCUCAUUCAUUGUCCUAAUUCCAAAGGUAGACAAUCCCCAAAAGAUUGAAGAGUAUAGACCUAUAUCGUUAAUUGGGGUCAUGUACAAGAUCAUUGCAAAGCUGUUAGCUAAUCGGCUUCGCAAAGUCCUGCCAAAGAUUAUCGGGGAGCAGCAGAUGGCAUUUAUUGGAGGUAGACAAUUAGUAGAAGGAGCAGUGGUGGCAAAUGAGAUCAUCGAUGAGGCAAAGAGGAAGAAGAUGAAGAGCUUUCUAUUCAAAGUUGAUUUCGAGAAAGCAUAUGACAAAGUCUGCUGGGAAUUCAUUGAUUAUAUGUUGAUGAGAAUGGGAUUCAGUAUAACUUGGAGAAAGUGGAUACAAGAGUGUUUAAGAUCAAAAGGAUUGAACGGGCUUGUGUCAUCUGCAGUUGUUAAAGAGCAGUAUAAAGGAGUGAUAGUUGGAAACGAAGCUGUAUCGCUAAUGGGAAUUGGAGUUGGGGAGGAGUGGAGGGCGAGAAUGGCCUUUAGAUUGUAUUGCAAAGAGGGAGGAUUUCCAUUUAAAUACUUGGGGAUCCCGAUCGGAGGGAACCAUAGAAGGAUUACCAUGUGGCAACCAAUGGUAGAAUCCUUUAAAAGAAAGUUAGAAGGAUGGAAAGGUCGGCAUCUCUCUUUCGGUGGUCGUAUCACGCUCAUAAAUUCAGUCUUGUCUAGCUUGCCCAUCUUCUUGAUGUUAGUUUACCUAAUCCCAAAAGGUACGGAGAAGAAAUGCAAUCAAAUGGGCAAUACAGAGGACGAAAUGUGGAAAUGGGACCUGGCCUGGAGAAAAAUCCUGUUCGAAUGGGAAGCUGAUAGCGCAGAGGAGCUUAACGUCAUGAUCACAGAUACGAGAAUUUCACCAGGUAGCCCAGACAAGUGGCUGUGGACACACAACAAUGAUGGCAAGUACUCAACCAAAUCAACUUACUCAAUGUUGAUAAAAGAUCACGAUGGAUUAAAUGGAGCUUCAACUUUUAAGAGGGUGUGGAAUCCAAUUCUUCCAAAUAAAAUAGCAGCAUUUAAUUGGCAAGUUUUAUUUAAUAGAAUCCCAACCAAACUCAAUCUACUAAAAAGAGGAUGCGCCAAAGGAUGGGAAGACAACAAGUGCGUCAUGUGCGAAGCAGUGGAGGAAGAUUCGGAUCACCUAUUUUUAAAAUGUAGGUUGGUCAAGUGGUUGUGGAAGGCAUAUGCAGCGUGGUGAGGAAUCAAUGUAAGGCUGGAGAAUAAUUGUUUGGAUACAUUCAACAAGCUCGGGGAAGGGAACAAAGAUUCAUGCAUUAGAGAAGGCUGGGACUGCAUCUGGAAUGCUCUGAUCUGGUCGGUGUGGUUAGCAAGAAAUCAGAAGAUUUUUC